CAGCCCGUCCAGAGCGCCGCGCCCCAGUCUGAGAGCCGCGCACCGACAGAAACAAACGCUUGCAGAAACAAACAGUGACACAAACCCGUUAACGGAGAAAAAGCACGAGCUCCCCGCCAGUUCCCGAGUUGCUGUCCAUUCCAGCCGCGCACUUACACCCAGAAAAGCGUGUGUGAUGAACGGAGACUCAGGUGCAGGGGUGGUGACAGCCCCCCCGCCCACAAACCCUCCUCAUAAAGAGCGAUAUUUCGACCGGGUGGAUGAGAGCAGCCCGGAGUACCAGAGGGAGAGAAACAUGGCUCCAGACCUGCGGCAGGACUUCAACAUGAUGGAGCAGCGCAAGAGAGUCUCCAUGAUCCUGCAGAGUCCAGCGUUCUGUGAUGAGCUGGAGUCUCUGAUACAGGAUCAGAUGAAGAAAGGUAAAACUCCCACCAGUUUGCUUGCUCUGCAGCAGAUCGCCGACUUCAUGACCACCAGCGUUCCCACCAUGUACCCCGCGGCCCCACAGGGAGGAAUGGCAGCCCUCAACAUGAGUUUGGGGAUGGUGACCCCAGUGAAUGAUCUGAGAGGUUCAGACUCCAUCGCUUAUGAGAAAGGAGAGAAGCUCCUGCGCUGUAAACUCGCUGCUUUUUACCGCCUGGCGGAUCUUUUCGGCUGGUCUCAGCUCAUCUACAACCACCUGACUGUCCGGCUGAACUCUGAACAGGAGCGUUUUCUGAUUGUCCCUUUUGGGCUCCUGUACAGUGAAGUCACUGCCUCGAGUCUGGUGAAGAUUAAUCUGCAGGGGGAGAUUGUGGACAGAGGCAGCACUAAUCUGGGUGUAAAUCAGGCUGGAUUCACCCUCCACUCCGCAAUCUACGCUGCCCGGCCAGAUGUCAAAUGCAUUGUGCAUAUUCACACACCCGCUGGCGCUGCGGUGUCUGCUAUGAAGUGUGGUCUGCUGCCCAUUUCGCCUGAGGCUCUGUCGCUGGGAGAGGUGGCGUACCAUGAUUACCACGGUAUACUAGUGGACGAGGAGGAGAACGUGCUCAUACAGAAGAACCUGGGUCCCAAGAGCAAGGUGUUGAUUUUGAGGAAUCAUGGUCUGGUGUCUGUUGGUGAAACUGUGGAGGAGGCUUUUUACUACAUUCACAACCUGGUCACAGCCUGCGAGAUUCAGGUUCGUACUCUUGCCAGUGCUGGUGGUCCUGAUAACCUAGUUAUGUUGGACCCAAGCAAGUAUAAAUCCCGUCCACGCCACCUAGAGCCAGCAGGAGACGGGUCGAGCUUGCACCCGAAGUGGCAGAUCGGGGAGCAGGAGUUUGAAGCUCUGAUGAGGAUGCUAGAUAAUCUGGGCUACAGGACUGGUUAUCCGUACCGUUGCCCGGCGCUGCGUGAUAAAACUAAAAAGUACAGUGAUGUUGAGAUUCCCCCGUCAGCCACGGGAUACUCGUACGCAGAGGACAGUGACUCGGGUGCUCGCUCCCCGUUAAAGCACAGUUUUCAGCGGCAGCAGCGGGACAAGACCCGCUGGCUGGCUGCGGGACGGCCCGACGAAUCGGCUGAGGAUGGUCAGGAUGGCAGCGGUAGCCCCAAGGCGAAGACUAAGGUGUGGACGAACAUAACACACGAUCACGUCAAACCCUUGCUGCAGUCUCUCUCGUCCGGUGUCUGCGUGCCAAGCUGUAUUACCAACUGCUUGUGGACUAAGGAGGAAAGUCUGCGACAGGCUGCUGUGGCCAAUCAGUUUGUCCCUCUGAACACCAACCCAAAAGAAGUCCAAGAGAUGCGCAACAAGAUCCGUGAGCAGAAUCUGCAGGAUAAAAAGACGGCAGGUCCGCAGUCUCAGGUGCUCACAGGUGCUGUUGUUGACCGUUCAUUUGUGCAGAGAGUGACUAUAUGGCACGACGCUCCUCUCUCUGACUGUACGGACUCUAUUGAUGGCAUUGACCCUUCAGGAGGGUUUAGUCCUUCUAGGUCUAUUCGAAAGGGGGAGCUAGUGACCGCAUCCAAAGCCAUCAUUGAGAAAGAGUAUCAGCCACGGGUGAUCGUCAGUAAAACUGGACCAAACCCCUUCAACAAGCUGACGGACCAGGAGCUGGAGGAGUACCGCAAAGAGGUGGAGCUCAAGCAGAAAGGAGAAGAAGAAGCACAGGUUGAAGAUUCUGCCUCUGCCCCUGAAGACGUCCAGGCUCCACUGAGCAGCACACAUGAAAACCCGGAUCCGCAGGUCAUCGCAGCCCCCCCGCCCUCCAUUAUCCCCAGCCGCGCAUCAGGGCAGGACAGCCCAGCUGAUUACCCAGAAUCCCCUCAGAAGGAGUUUCACUCGGCGGUGCUCAAAGCUCUGGGCUGUGAGACUGAAGCUGCAGGUCAGACGCUGGAGACUGAAGAAGGGAAAGUUCCCAGCAGCACCUGCACUCCGCCCAGCUCACCUGUGCGUGUGGAUGAAGAAGUGAAGCAGGAGCAGACAUUUAAAGAAGAAAGCGACGCCGCCACUUUAAGACAGACCCUCCCCGACCUAACCUCAGAUGAAGCCUCCGAAGCCACCGCCCUCCCAGCAGAAGACCCCGCCUCUGGACAGACCGGCUCCGCCCCUCAACCUGAAGGGGAGGAGCCUGUCGCCGGGGAUGAUGCAGCCGGCAGCGACGAAUCGCCCAACAAAUCCCCAUCAAAGAAGAAGAAGAAGUUUCGCACGCCGUCAUUCCUGAAGAAAAACAAGAAGAAAUCUGAGACGCAGUGAGGCAAAACCAGGCAAUACCUUUCAUUUUAAACCCAUUUGUUUUUGUACUGUUCACAUUUAGCGUGUGGAUCUUUUUAUUAAAGGUUUUUAUUGAUUUAA